AUGGAUGACUCUUUCGAAUUAGAUAUAUUGUGUAAACAAAAUCCUACCAACUAAUUUCUUUUAAAAGAAAUAGAAAUUGUUAACUAUCUUAAAUCUCUUGGAAUUAAAAUGAAAACUGAUCCUACAACCAAAUAGGAAUUUUUCCACUCUAAACGAAAACAAUAAUUCAUUAAGUCAAAUACAACCUAAUUUGAUGUUUCUAUUAAUAAGCAAUUAGAAAUCUCUUCUAAUUCAAUUAAAUCUCGUAGAACGCCUUCACAUACUCCUCAAGGUUCCCCUUUAAUGUUAAAUUAAGAAAAUGUGGGACAAGCUAGAAAAUCCAUCUUCUCUAUAAGAAUAGAUGGUUUUGCAGAUGAAAAUUUUGAAGAAGAUGAAGUUAGAGACUAUUUUACUAAUAUGUGA